UUACAGCUACCUCUAAUCUCAGAAAGAUUCAGCUAGCUAGUUUGGUAGAUGUUGUAAAUGCUGGUAUAUCCAGUAGUGUGCAUUUAAUUUAGCUAACCGUAGACGGCUGACAAGCUAGCUAAAAUGAUGAGGUAGUAUGCGUAGAAUAAUGCCCAACAUUCUGAACAAUGUUUACUGGAUCAUAGAAUAUAUGUAAUAUUACAAUAUAGAUAGCUAAUUACGUUGGCUAUUAAAUAAGUCGACCCGGCUAUUACCCUUGGUUUUUGUGGGCCUAUAUUCCAAUCUGACAUAAAUGGUCACCUAUGCGAAAUGGGCCCACAUUUUAAAUGAGAAAACAAAGAAUUAGGCAGGCUACUUGAGAGAUUAAGCUGAUUACAGUUUUCCGCGUUUUGGGGAUAGCUGCUGGCUAGCUAGUUUGGAAGUGUAGGAGCUUGCCGCUCUGUGUUCCUAAAUCAGGGUCAGUUUUCUAAAUCGACGUUUUCAGUGCCGCCACAAUGGACAGUCAUACCGGGGACGACAUUAGUGUCGUGGAGGUGGAACCCAUGCCUGGCUAUGCUGAUCUCAUAACGAGAGCAUCAACAGUGAUGCCCAGUGCCUUGAGAGGCUGUAGCACUUGCGGUCUAGAGCUCUCCAAAAGCACGCUCCUGGAUAACGCUUAUAUUACCUGGACCGAAAUCGGCCUUUUCUUCAUCUGCGCGGUUAUGUGGACGCAGAUACGACGAGGACUAACAGAAUGUCUGUUCCAGCCGUUUGCACAAUGGUGUAGUCUCCAGCCCAAAGAUUCUGCCAAGAUGCCAGAGAGCUCGUGGAAGCUGGUCUUCUACACCAUGUCCUGGUCGUACAGCACCUACCUGCUCUUCUUCACCAACUACACCUUCUUCCAUGACCCGCCCUCCGUAUUCUAUGAAUGGAAGCGUGGCAUGACAGUGCCCACGGACAUCGCCAUCGCCUACCUGAUCCAGGGCAGCUUCUACGGACACUCCAUCUAUGCCACGGUCUACAUGGAUGCCUGGAGGAAGGAUUCUACCGUCAUGGUGGUGCACCACGUCAUCACCCUGGCCCUCAUCACCUUCUCCUACGCUUUCAGAUUCCACAACAUUGGGUUGCUGGUGUUGUUCCUCCACGACAUCAAUGACAUCCAGCUGGAGUUCACCAAGCUCAAUGUAUACUUCAAGACCCGUGGAGGGGGCUACUACCUCAUCAACGACAUCCUGUCCAACAUGGGCUCUGUCAGCUUCAGCAUCACCUGGUUUUGGUUUCGUCUCUACUGGUUCCCUCUGAAGGUUCUGUACGCCACCUGUGUGUCCAGCCUCCAGUCAGUCCCAAACAUACCCUUCUACUUCUUCUUCAACUCACUCCUCUUGACACUCCUCUGCAUGAAUAUCUACUGGUUUUUGUAUAUAGUGGCAUUUGUGGCGAAAGUCCUGACGGGGCAGAUGAAGGAUGUAAAAGACCUCAGGGAGUACGAGGGUGAGGAGGGAGCCCAGAGGGCCGCAACCCUGCUUAAGGCCCAGCAGCAGAGUAAAGAUGCAGGACAUCGCAACAAUUCUGCUGAAACUCAACUCAACAACUCUACUGAAGGGAAGCACUUGCAGAACGGGAUCACCAAGGAGAAGCAUCUAUAAUUGCCUCUCUAGCUCUAUCUCCUGGCACUUAACUCUGAAUGCAAGUAACCUACAUUUAGGUCUAAGUGAAUAGCAAAAAGGUUUUUAAAAAACCAUCAAAUUAGAAAAGUGAUAAUUUUUCAUUCUGUUUUGUCAUUGUUUUAUUAUAUCACUGUGAAUGUUAUUUCAGGUGACCUUUGUCUUAUUAACAUUAAAUUUGAAGAAAAAGAAAGGUGUGAGUUAUGUGAAUGUCCUCUCGUGUAUUCUACAGGGGCAUUUAGCAGUUCUGUCAGCUCUAACAAACAUAAAACAAGGUUGAGCUAUUGAUUUUUAAACAUCUAGAGCUAGAAAAAAAAACAUGCAUACGUUGGAGGACAGGGCUCUAUUCAGUCUGACACUGAAGCAUUACAGAUUGCGAUAUAAAAAUGUAAAGGUCAUUUUUAUUUGAGCCUACAUGCAGAGUUUACCGUGAAUGCACUCUGCUAACGCGGAAACGUUGCCUUUAAAUUUAAUCACAAUGUAAUGCUGAACUUCCGCAAUACGGAUAGAUUAGGGCCCUAAAGCACUCGCACAGUCACCAUGGCAAAGGUCCUCUCUAGUAUAGUUGAAAAUAAGAGAGCCGCACACUCUAGGAGCUCAGAUGCAAAAAUGUAAUUACCAACUUUGACAGCCAAGCUGUCUUCAUCGGGGUAUAAUUUCAAGUUUUCUACUCCGCUAGCCAGCACCUCAUCUUAAUAGCUGUGCGUUUCUUUUUCUUCUAGACCUCUCUAAUAUAGUGUCAGGUAAGACCCAAGUGCAGACUGUGUAGAAGUAACAAUGUUUAGUGUAACGGGCAUGCAAACGACAGGUCAAGGCAGGCAGGGGUUGAUAAUCCAGAGUAGUGGGGCCAAGGUACAGGAUGGCAGGCAGGCUCAGACAGAAGGUCGGUAUAAUCCAGAGUAGGGGCCAAGGUACAGGAUGGCA